CAGUUCCUGAACUACCGCAUGCGCAUCACCACCGAUGAUGGCCGCUACUUGAUCGGUACUUUCAUGGCCUACGACAAGCACAUGAACAUUAUCCUGGCCGACUGCGAGGAGCACAGGAAGCCCAAGAAGGGUGCCGACGAGAAGGAGGAGAAGCGUACACUGGGUCUCAUCCUAUUACGUGGCGAGAACGUCUUGGGUCUCUCCAUCGAGGGCCCACCC